UCCCGCAUCUCUUUCUCUCCAUCCUCCUCUCCCUGUGUGCUUUGCUGGUCAAGGAACACGCUGCUACUAUACUAGGCGUCUGUCUGUGCUACGAUGCCAUUGUGACAUCACAUGAUUCCAUUAUGACAUCAUGGCCAGUCCUCUUGAACAGGAUGAAAGCAAAGGUUUUUCUCUUGCCCGAGAACUUGAGGCCAUUUUUCUUCAGAAGUGCAAUAUUGAUUGGUGCUGCGUCUGUAUUUCUUGGUUUUCGUCUGUGGAUGUUGAAUGGUCACCUCCCUCAUUUCUCAGAAGAGGACAACCCAGCAUCCUUUGCCCCUCAUCUCACCACUAGGUUUCUCACCUACAGCUACCUGGUGGCCUUCAACAUUUGGCUGCUUCUCUGCCCCACCACACUAUCGCAUGACUGGCAGGAGGGGAGUAUCCCCCUGGUGGAGUCCUUGUGGGACCCUCGGAAUGCUGCCACCCUCCUGGCUUUUGCGUCACUUGCGCUCCUAGGAGUUCAGUGUAUUUUCAGGUCAAAGGAAACUGAGAGAAGAAUACUUGCAUGUGGAUUGCUUUUUCUAGCCGUUCCUUUCUUGCCUGCCUCUAAUCUAUUAAUCAAAGUUGGCUUUGUUGUGGCAGAGAGGAUCCUUUAUAUACCAAGCCUUGGGUUCUGUAUACUGGUGGCCUUUGGUACCUGCAAGAUGUUUGCGUCUCUGACGUCUAGCUCUGGCCGAACCCUCGUCUCGGUGGCUACUCUCAUCAUGCUGCUGUGCUUCUGCCGAAGGACAUGGGUUCGGAACCGCGUCUGGGAGUCUAGAGAAACCUUAUUCAAGGCUGGAUUACAGACAUUACCACAUAACGCCAAGAUGCACUACAACUAUGGCAACUAUCUCAAGGACAUAGGACACAGAAACGAAGCCAUAAACCACUUUCAAGAAACACUAAGGCUAUACCCUCGGCAUGGUGCAGCCAUUAACAAUCUAGGUACCCUGCUGAGCGAAGACGAACCUGAGAGGGCAGCAGAGUACUUCCGUGAGGCGAUCAAACUUAACCCUCAUCAUGCCAAAGCUUACUUCAACCUGGCCAAUAUUUAUAAUAACCGAGGUGAGCUUGACAGCGCAGAGGCGUUGUUUCUGAGGGCCUUGGAGAUCGAUCCUCAGUACAUGAACGUCCUGAACCACCUGGCUUCCCUGAAGCAGAGACAAGGGGAUGUCCCAGCAGCGGAAGCCUUCUACCGCAGGGGCUGGAGCAGGUAUGAUUAUCAAGUGGCCCUAUAUCACUGUGGGAAAUGUUUGGAGCUUGAGCCUACCCAUGUGGUUGCCAUGACGAAUAAGGCCCGCGUCCUCAGACAUCUCAAUCGGACCGGCGAGGCAGAAGACAUGUACAUCAGGGCCCUGUCUUACAGCAACAAUGCCAAGACCUUGCAGAGCCUGGCCGCCAUCUAUUACAACACCGAUCGUCCAACCCAAGCCCUGGAGACGUACAAGGAAGCCUUGGUCCUAGAGCCUCUCAAUCUGGACAUCCAGCUUCAAUACGCUCAGGUGAUGACGAGGCUUGGCCUUUACAAGGACGCAGAGCUCUAUCUCAGUGAAGCUGUUCAGACUAAACCCACCGUCAUAGAACUACACAGACUGCUCUCCAGUGUCUAUAGUCUACAGCAUCACUAUCAGGAUGCCUUACGACAAGUGGAGAUAGCCCUGGAACUGAACCAGAUCAUCGAUGUGGAAACGAAAGCAGAGCUCCUUUUUGAGAAAGCCAACCAUUUGAAAGGACUCAACAGAAGAGAGGAAGCACAGAAGACAUAUGAAGAGGUGCUGAUUCUGAACCCUGAGAUGGGAUCAUGUUUGCUCAACCUAGGAGCCAUACAUCACCUCAAGGCAGAAUACAAACAAGCCAGGAUAUACUACAUGAGGGCUUUAACCUUGGACCCCAAGAAUGAAAUCCUCAUUGAGAACAUUGCCAAGCUGAAUAGAGCAGAGUCUAAAGCAAAGAGAACCUCACAAGAUUAGGAGGUACUGUACUAGCCUUGUGGAGAAGUAAAUGUAGGAGCUGUCUAACCCAGGCCCUAAGAAUUAAAUCAUUUUUGAGGACAUCUUCAAGAGAGCUGGGUCUAAAGCAAAGCGAACCUAAUGGCAGUAGAGGUAUUGUUCUAGACCAGUGGUUCAUAUGCUUGGGGCUGUUUAGUCCAGGUCCCCAA